AACCAAAAUGUUUUAGUUACGUCCCUUUACUCACGCUACUUUUAGCUGGGGACGGACCAUCAGACCAAAAAAUGAAUGUACCGGUUUUUAUUGAUAUUCCCGUUCCACAGCAGACUUUGGAACUGAGAUCAUUUCUUAAAUCACUUGGAGCUGAAAUUUCUGAAGAAAAUGCAGAAAGUGGUUUGUUGACUGAUUUGAAAAAUAUUAUUGAAGCUAGCAAAUUUUGUUGGAAUCUCAAUAAUGAGUCAGAAAUUGAGAUGGUAUUCAACGGCAUCAUCUCCCUUCUUCUGGUGGUACCAGUCCAGGAUGCUGAGAGUGUUGUAACUCUGUUUUGUGAGAAAGUUGGAAAACUACCAGAAGGAGAUCAAAAACGUGUGGCACUAAGGAUAAGAAUGUUGAGCAAUCUUUUUUACGGCUUAGAAGAAGAAGCCAGUUUACGCUAUGUAGUUCUCUGCAGUAUGGUCAGGCUGGCAGGCCAGAAUGAUUUGCUUUCAAUGGUCCCUGUAGAUAUGGAGAAGAUCAAAAGAUGGAUAAGUUUAUGGGAAAUAAGUUCAGCUAAAGUGCAGAUGCUAUACAGAAUAUUGCAUGAAUCACUUACUGCCUGCAAUAUGAGGGAUAUUGCAACAAAGGUGAUGAUAGAGCUGCUGGGUACAUAUACAGAGGAAAAUGCUUCCCAAGCUAGAGAUGAUGCACAUAAGUGUAUAGUGACAUGUCUGGCUGAUCCAAACACCUUUCUUAUGGACCAUCUUCUGUCCCUCAAGCCAGUCAAGUUUCUGGAGGGAGAGCUGAUUCAUGAUCUUCUGACAAUUUUUGUAUCUGGUAAACUAACUCAGUAUCAGCAGUUCUAUAAAAAUCACACAGAUUUUAUCAAUUCACUCGGACCAUCCCAUGAAGAAAACAUAAGAAAGAUGAGACUGUUGACAUUCAUGCAAAUGUGUGAAAAUCGAAAGGAAAUGGACUUUAGUGUAAUUCAAGAAGAAAUGCAGCUUGAAAAAGAUCAAGUAGAAGAAUUUGUUAUUGAUGUUCUCAAAACAAAAGCAGUCAAAGCCAGGAUAGACCAGAUCCAGGAGAAAGUAAUUGUAAGCUCGACCACAUUUAGGACGUUCAGCAAACAUCAUUGGCAGAUUAUUCGACAACACCUAUCAGCUUGGCAGAACAAUCUAUCAAGACUGGAGAUCAAUUUUGAAAAUGUAUCACUCAUUCAGUCACAAGUACAGCAGCAGUAAUUUAUUUGUUCAUUGGGGAGUUGGGGUUUUUGUGAUUACUACUUUAAUUUUACUCUAUAGAUAACUUGGAAUUUUUAGUCUGUGGACAUUUUGGUAUAAAUGCUAUGGUCAACAUUUUAAAUACUAGAUUUGUUUAAAAAUUGAUAAAAAAGAUCUUGCCUUGAAUUGAGCAUGAAGUAUUUGAUGUAAAACUUUUGUUAAGAGAAUACCUUCAAACAUUUUUCAUUUCUCUGUGUAUAUAAAAUCCAAAAACUAAAAAUAAAACUUAAAAUCAA